UAGCCGGAAUACGGAUAGGAAGAGAACUAAGUAAACAUUCAUAUCUAUUAUAGAAACAUGGCGUCGCAGCAGGGAGAGAUAGAUGAGUUGUUCGAUGUAAAAAAUGCCUUUUAUAUCGGGAGUUAUCAACACUGUAUUAACGAGGCUCAGAAAGUAAAGACAUCGGGACCUGAGAAAGAACUGGAGAAGGACAUUUUCCUGUACAGAGCGUACAUCGCACAGAGGAAGUUCGGCGUGGUGCUCGAGGACGUAAAGCCGAAUUCCUCAGAAGAGCUGAAGGCCGUGCGGAUGUUUGCAGAAUACAUGUCCAAUGAUGCCAAAAGGGACGUCAUCGUGGCCGAGCUGGAUAAGAAGAUGAGUAAGAGCGUGGACGUGUCCAACACCACCUUCCUGCUGAUGGCCGCAUCCAUCUACCUGCACGAGGGGAACACGGACGCGGCGCUGCGCACGCUGCACCAGGGCGAGAGCCUCGAGUGCAUGACGAUGAGCAUUCAGAUCCUCCUCAAGCUCGACCGGCUCGACCUCGCCAGGAAGGAGCUGAAGAAGAUGCAGGAGCUGGAUGAAGAUGCCACGCUGACUCAGCUGGCUACGGCCUGGGUGAAUCUAGCAGUCGGAGGAGAGAAGCUGCAGGACGCCUUCUACAUCUUCCAGGAGAUGGCUGAUAAAUACUCGCCCACUCUGAUCCUGCUGAACGGCCAGGCGGCAUGUCACAUGGCCCAGUGCAAGUGGGAUGAGGCCGAAUCAGUCCUGCAGGACGCGCUGGAUAAAGUACGUAGUACCUUCAGUCUGUCAGUCAGAGGACACAGCGCGAAUCGCGCAGGAGAACGAAUCUGGACCGUCUCAUGUGAUAUAUCUUGUCUUCUUAUUUACAAAGUCAUCAUCAGUAACACAGAGCUGCAAAAGUACAUCUUCUGCUAACCCGAGAAUUUACUAGAAGUCCGUUGACGCCAGCGAUAUUGGGGUAGAUGAGAUGACUGCAGGACGUUGGGUCAUGCUCAGAUCCCAUGUAGGUUAUGAUUAUUCGAAUCUUGGUACCGGUGCAAAUUGUAUCGAAAGUACAACAACGUGGCCUGGAAAAACGCUGUCUGUUAUAAAGACGGUGAUGAGGUCUGUUCUUUGUGUAAAAAGCAGUUGAAUUGAACCUUGUUUUAAA